GGUGACCAGGCGGAACUUUUCUCGUGCGCCCGGAGGCGGAAGCGCGUCAGCGUAAUCCGGGCACCCGCCGGGCAGCGUCGCGGGCGGACGGAGCGGCGGCCACAGCGGAGGCCGCGGCGGACGGAGACGGAAGCGGAGCCCGCGCCGCCAUGGCCGCCGCGGCCACCAUCGUGCACGACCCCUCGGAGGCGGUGCCGCUGUGCCCGGCGCUCGGCCUCUACCUGAAGCCGAUCACGAAGCUGACGAUCAGCGUGGCGCUGCCCCCGCUGCGGCCGCCGGGGAAGUCGAUCUCCAACUGGGAGGUGAUGGAGCGGCUCAAGGCCAUGGUGGCCGGGGCGGGGCCCGAGGGCGCGGGGGGCGGGGCCGGGGCCGCGGGGGGCGGGGCCGCGGCGCCACCGGCCCCGCCCCCGCCGCGGGCGCACGCGCAGUUCUCGGCGCUGCGCAUCGCCAAGAGCACGCUGGACUUCAUCCGGUUCGAGGGCGAGGUGGAGCAGCGCGCGCUGGUGCGGCCGUUCCUGGCGCGGCUGGACGGGCAGACCAUCAAGCUCAGCGGCUUCGCGGACGCGCUGCGCGUGCGCGCCGCCGAGUUCCGCCCCGACUUCCCCACGCGCCACGACUGGGACUCGUUCUUCCGCGACGCCGAGGACAUGAACGAGACGCUGCCCGGCGAGAGGCCCGACACCAUCCACCUCGAGGGGCUGCCCUGCCGCUGGUUCGCGCCCCGGGGAGGCGGCGGCGGCGGCGGCGCAGGGGGUGACGCCGGCGCCGCGACCGCCAACGCCGCGUCCGCCGGCGCCUCGGAGCGCCCCAGCGAGGCGCUGCUGCGCCAGGCCUUCCGCGCCUUCGGCGACAUCCGGCAGGUGGACAUCCCCAUGCUCGACCCCUACCGCGAGGACACGGCCGGGCGCGGCUUCCACACCUUCGGCUGGGGCGGCGGCCUCCACUUCGAGGCCUACGUGCAGUACCGCGAGUACGCGGGCUUCGUGCGCGCCAUGGCGGCGCUGCGGGGCGUGAAGCUCAUGUUCAAGGGCGAGGACGGCAAGGCCGUGGCCUGCGGCAUCAAGGUCUCCUUCGACGCCACCAAGCACCUGAGCGAGGCCUCGAUCCGCCGGCGGCAGCUGGAGCGGCAGAAGCUGCAGGAGCUGGAGCUGCAGCGCGAGGAGCAGAAGCGGCGGGAGCGCGAGGCGGAGGAGCGGCGGCGGGCGGAGGAGCGGAAGCAGAAGCAGCUGGAGCAGCAGCAGCGCGAGCGCCGCCGGGAGGAGAAGCUGCGCAGGCGCGAGCAGCGGGCGCGGGACCGGGAGCAGCGGCGCAGCCGCCGGCGGGCGGAGAAGCUGCAGGCGGAGGAGCAGCGGCGCCUGCAGGAGAAAAUCCGCACGGAGGAGCGGAAGCUGCUGCUCGCCCAGCGCAACCUGCAGUCGAUCCGCCUGGUGGCGGAGCUGCUGGGCCGCGUGGAGGCCGCGAAGCUGCAGCAGCGCGAGCGCAGCGAGGAGCGGCGGCGCCGGCAGCGGCAGGAGGAGCGGCGGCGGCUGCAGGAGGCCGAGCUGCGCCGCGUGGAGGAGGAGAAGGCGCGGGCGCUGGGGCUGCAGCGGCGCGAGCGGGAGCUGCGCCAACGCCUGCUGUCCCUGCUGCUCAGCCGCCGCCCGGCCGGUGCCGCGAACCCCGACGCCACCGACUCCGCGACCCCGGGCUGCCCCGCCGGCCGCGCCACCGACGACCUCCUGCGGCCCGUGCUCGACAUCCUGCACCGCGUGACCCACGCGCGGGCGCCACAGCCGCCGCGCGACCCGGACCCGGACCCCAAGGCCCCCGCGGAGCCCGCGGCGCCCACGCAGGUGCUGGCCUGCAUCCGCGAGAACGCGCCGAGUAAGCCGGGCCCCGCCGCGUCUCCCGCGCGGGAGCCUCAGCCGCCGCUGCCGCCGCGCGACCGCGACGACCACGACAAGUGCAACCGCGAGCCCGGCCCCCCGCGGGGCGUCGACCCUGAGCGGGAGGGGCGCGCGCGCAGCCAGGGUGGGGGGGAGCGGCGACGGCAGCACCGGAAGCACGCGCGCGUGGACGGCGGCAAGGACACGGAGGAGGAGGAGGACGCGCGGGACCCGGGGCGCGAGCCGCGGCGCCGCCACCGCGAGAAGGACAAGGAGCGCGGCCGGGAGCGGAAGCGCAGUCGCCACGGGCGCCACUCGCGGUCCAGGUCGCGCUCGCCGCGGAGACGCAGCACGUGGAAUCGGUGAGGGCGUGGACGGCCACCCGCGGUGCAUGCUGGGAAGACGCCGCUGGCGCCCGAGGAUCGGAUUCGGUUUUGUUUUCUUCCCCCCACCUCGCGGUUCCCGCUAGUUUUUUUCUUCCCGGGUGCGAAUCCGCCACAGAGACUCUGGAAUCGGCGGGAAACCCCGGGCGUCACGUGACCGCGUGGCCUUCCUGUGUUUAAUAAAGUUUUUUC